AGUCAGUGAGUGAAUUGUCAAAGUUGUAGUCGUAGAUGUUUUUUUUAUCGCUUCUCUAAAUAACAUACAGUCCAAACUCCAAAGAACACAAUAGGUUUCUAUUAUUAGUAAAUAAAAUUCUUAUUUUUUGAGUUUAUCACGCAUUUUACAUAAUUAUUCCAAAAUGAGUUUAGUUGCAAACACAGGAAAAUUGGCCGGCCGUACGCUGUUUGUGACUGGCGCCUCUCGUGGUAUCGGCAAAGCUAUCGCAUUAAAAGCUGCGAAAGAUGGAGCAAAUGUGGUAGUUGCAGCCAAAACUGCUGAACCUCAUCCAAAAUUACCUGGAACUAUUUACACGGCCGCUGAAGAAAUUGAAGCUCUUGGAGGGAAAGCAUUACCAGUGAUUGUAGAUGUUAGAGAUGAGAAACAAAUUCAAAAGGCAGUUGAUGAGGCAGUCAAAAAGUUCAAUGGCAUUGAUAUACUGGUCAACAAUGCAUCUGCCAUCUCACUCACUGACACAGCACACACCGAUAUGAAGAGAUACGAUCUUAUGCACAAUAUUAAUACAAGAGGAACUUUCUUAGCAUCUAAACUAUGCCUUCCCCAUCUUAAAAAUAGUGACCACGCCCACAUUUUAAAUUUAUCACCACCUUUGAAUUUGAAUCCACAUUGGUUUGCUGUUCAUGUAGCAUACACAAUGGCUAAAUAUGGAAUGUCAAUGUGUGUAUUAGGAAUGAGUGAAGAAUUCAAACCAUUCAACAUUGGUGUGAACGCUCUCUGGCCUAAAACAGCGAUCGCGACUGCGGCCAUCGAAAUGCUGACAGGCGAUAUCUCAGCAAGCCGCAAGCCCGAAAUAGUGUCUGACGCGGCGUACGUUAUGUUAUGCAAAGACCCUAAAUCAUUUACUGGCAACUUUGCCAUUGAUGAGGAUAUUCUGCAACAAGCUGGCGUGACAGAUUUAUUACCAUACGCUUGUGAUCCAAAGAACGCAGAUAAUCUAUUGAUGGACGGUUUUCUCGACGAUAUCAAGUCAAUGAGUGAUCACCGCAAGCUGACCAGCACAUUAGCGAGAGGUUACCAUACCUCCGCAGCUAACUACAAAGAGGCCGAGUCAGCUCCACCAGCUGGCGACGGUCAGAUUCCACAACUGUUCGCGUCAAUCGGCAAGAUCCUCUCAGCGGAUCUGGUAAACAAGACUCAGGCUAUCUAUCAGUUCAACGUAAAGGGUAAAGAAGAAGGUAUUUGGCACUUGGACCUGAAGAAUGGCGAUGGCGCGUGCGGUCAAGGGGAACCAAAAAACCCCCCUGAUGCAACUCUCACUAUGGACAGCAAAAACUUCACUGAUAUGUUUGCUGGAAAGUUGAAGCCAGCUACAGCUUUCAUGAUGGGUAAACUCAAGAUCAGUGGAGACCUCCAAAAAGCGAUGAAACUCGAAAAGAUGAUGAAGUCGUUGAAAAACAAAGUGUAAUAUAGUUAUAUAAAAUAUUAUUUGUGAUGUUCAUAUUAAUCUUACACACACUUGUCAUAAUACUCCAUGACGAUGCUACUAGAUUAUAAAUAAUAUCAUUUAUAGCCUGUGUAAUAAUGUAAGUAAAUAUCAAAGCUAUUUUUGUACAGCAUUGUAUUGUAACAGUAAUUCAAAUGUUGUAGUUAAUUUAAAAGGAAUAAUAGGUACUAAAAAGUGUAUUACUAAUAAAAAAACUUAUGACAAAAAGUAGGAAACUGUAUUAUUUUUCAAUGUUUCAAAUAUGUUGUAUAUUGUGUUUUAAUUUUGAAAACCUAAAAUAUUUUUCUGUAAAUAAAAGAUUUAUAUGUUUGUUUAUUGUUUUAUUUAUGUG